UUGUGCUCAUUGCGCCGCACGUCUCGUUGCUCUCCGCUUCAAGUUGACGACAAAGAGCCGAGCCGUGGGCCAAAAUUUCAGAUGAAGCUUGCUUGGGCUGUGCUGCUUUGUUUUUGCGGCCAAUCGCUCGCCACCACGUACAUCGGAAAUGGCACCAUCGGAGUCAACUACGCCUACUCCCUGAAAACUGAAGACUCGCUCAUCAUCAGAUAUGAACUUUCCAAGCUGGACGCGAACCACCCUUCAAGGGUGCACAUCAGCACCGUGAACGGCAGCGUCGACUACCCCAUCUUCGUGAUUUUGAGACAGGGCCGCGACGUCGUCAACUGGGACAUGCCGUACUGGAGCUCCAGUGGUCAGAAAUACAACUUUGUGGCGCGCACCGUGUGUCCCUUCAUGACAGACUCGCUGUUCGUGAUUGUGACGUCGCCGAACGAGCCGCCCGUCGACGUGAACGUGCGGGUGACGCUGCAGAAGUCGUACCUGCUGACGGCCGACACGACGGUCGACACCAGCGCCACGCCCAGUCAGCCCAGGUACUUCCGGUUCGAGUUCCCGGCCAACACGACGGUCGUCUUCGUCGAAGCCAAGAGUCCCAAUGACUCCUGCGCCAUGCUUUUCCUCUUUAAAUCGUGCUCGGCGCACGAUCUCAUUGAGCACGCGUUUUCAGACGAGAGCUACAGGCAGACGAUUACUAAAAAAGGGGGAAUGAUGGUUCACCGGAAAUAUUACCCUAAAGGCCACUUUUACGUUGGCUUUGUAGUCUUCGCGAACGACGAUAAUUGCUUGGAUGACGGAACCUAUACGCCGAUCAACGCGACUCCUAUUUCGGUACCAGUACGGAUCAAGAACAUCAGCCUCACCAUCCAUGACAUUUCUGACGUGGAAACCAUCGCGAGUGUGGUCAAGGACAUUGGUUUUAUCUACGCCGUCAUCUUCGGAUUAGUCAUGAUCUUGGCUCUAUACCAUUUUGGAAUGAAGUUGGUGAAGCACUGCCGAAAGAGAAAUUUAAGGCACAUACCAGGCAUGGUUCCUGUCCUUCCUCCGGUUCUGCAGCCUCUGUUGCCAGACAUUAAUGCUGAUGGCGGGAACCAAGACAAUAACUCAGAUGCUGAGGAGGAAGACAGCGAUGAACUACAUUCAAAUGAAAGCAUAAAUAACGCACGGCACGAAAUGAUCAUCAAGUUCACACGAGGCGAAAAAAUCAUGGUGUCCGACCUGUGCUGGCACGACCUCAAGCAGCUCAAGGAGGCCACGCAACUGUUCGCCUGGAUCCUGAUCGCGGUCAUGAUCUACAACGGACUGCCUGUGAUCUACAUGAUGCUCGUGUACCAGCUCAACAUCCAUAAAACCGGAGACAUGGACUGGUGUUACUACAACUUCUACUGUGCCCACCCUUGGAUGUUCUUCUCCGACUUCAACCACAUCGUGUCCAACGUUGGCUACGGCAUCCUUGGAGUGACAUUCAACGCCAUCGUCUAUUGGGAGGAACGCAAAUCCAGGGAAUUGAACCUUGACACUGGCAUUCCCUCGCAGUACGGCCUCUACUACGCCAUGGGCUGGUCCUUGUUCGCGGAGGGCGUGUCCAGCGCUUGUUACCACAUUUGUCCUAACAACUUCAACUUUCAAAUUGACACGUGCUUCAUGUUCGUGAUUUGCGUGGUGUGCCUGCUGGCGCUGUACCAGAAGCGCCACCCGAGCAUCACGCUUCAUCCCAAGAAAGCGUUCAUCUUCCUUGCGAUUUUGUGUUCCAUCGGUUGGGUUGGAGAGCUUCUCGACGAAUACCUUUGGUGGCGAUUCCUGUUCUCCUUCCUGCACAUGACCGCCACCUACCUCUGCGCAUUCCACAUGUACUACUUCGGCCAGGGAAGCAUCCUUUCUCCCCAGUAUAGCUUCCGGCACAUCGAGUGGCUGAAACCAAAGUACCGCGUCAGAUUCAUCUUGAUAUCCUUGUUCGUCAUCGUGAACUUUGCGCUGAGUGUGGUAGGCCUUGCGCAGCAACCAGAUUCCUUCGCAUUCUACAUUCUGACAAUUCUGAUCACCAACUUGGGCAUGGGCACGGUGCACUACUUUAUAUCCAAAUGCUGUCACGGCGAGGGCUGCAUCAGGCUUCUGCCGCUGUUUCUCUUCUUGCUCAGCGCUGGCUUCGGAAUCACGGCCUUCUACUUCUUCCAAAUCAAAACCACGGAAUGGGAAGUCAAUCCGGCCACGUCAAGGACGUACAACCAGCCCUGCAAUGUGCUCGGAUUCUUCGACUCGCAUGACAUCUGGCACACUUUAUCCUCAUUCGCGCUUUUCUUCUACUUCCUUGUCCUCUUAAAUAUUGAUAAGCACCUGCAGGAUGUACCCCGUGACCAAAUUCAAGUUCUGCUCUGAUUUGUAUUUGUUAAAGCUUAUAUCUUUAACUUAUAUCUUAAGAAUUUUAAUUAAAAAGCGAGUUUUAAACAUU